AGCAGGGGACAGGAAGUGUUAUCCCGACCGCCGCGGCCACAAUAACAGGCGGCAGGAGGCGCUGGGGGGCAGUUGUACUGAAUUAGCAUAACAUUGUGAACAUUAAUUCCUUUCAUCAGAAAUCAUUACAAUCAUGGGACCUAGACGGAAAAAUGUGAAACCAUGCUUAAUGAACAGGGAAGGCUCUGAAUCUACCAAAGCAGAUGAGCUGAAAGAUUAUAUGAACCAGCUUUCUCAUGAAGUUCUUUGCCAUAUCUUUAGGUACCUUCCAUUGCAGGAUAUCAUGUGCAUGGAAUGCCUCUCCCCGAAGCUGAAAGAAGCAGUGACUCUCUACCUGAGAGUAGUGAAGGUUGUAGACCUCUGUGCUGGCCACUGGUGGGAGUAUAUGCCCACUGGUUUCACUGAUUGCAGUUUCCUAAUAUUGCUGAGGAAGAUGCCAGACAUUGAACAGCUCUAUGGUCUUCACCCCAGGUAUCUUGAAAGACGCAGAGUACGUGGCCAUGAAGCUUUCAGCAUUCCUGGAGUUCUAGAGGCUUUGCAGGCUUGCCCAAAUCUGUUGGGUGUUGAGACCUCUCAUUUAGAGCUGGUGGAAGCAAUUUGGACAUAUAUGCCACAAGUUCAUAUUUUAGGGAAGUUUCGUAAUCGUAAUGGUGCUUUCCCAAUCCCUCCUGAAAACAAACUGAAGAUUCCUAUAGGAGCUAAAAUUCAGACUUUGCACUUAGUAGGGGUAAAUGUCCCUGAAAUUCCUUGUAUCCCAAUGCUGAGGCAUCUGUAUUUGAAGUGGGUGAGGCUUACCAAACCACAGCCCUUUAAAGAUUUCCUUUGUAUCAGCUUACGCACUUUUGUCAUGAGAAACUGUGCAGGACCCACAAAUUCUUUGAAGUAUGUCCCUUUAGUGACAGGUUUGGCUUCUGCCCGAAACUUGGAACAUCUAGAACUUGUUCGAGUUCCUUUUCUUGGAGGACUUAUUCAGCAUGUAGUAGAAGAUAGCUGGAGAUCAGGUGGCUUUAGGAAUUUGCACACUAUAGUUUUGGGAGCUUGCAAGAAUGCCCUAGAAGUGGAUCUUGGCUACCUCAUCAUAACUGCUGCACGAAGGUUGCAUGAAGUGAGAAUCCAGCCUUCUCUGACCAAAGAUGGUGUCUUUUCUGCACUGAAGAUGGCAGAACUAGAGUUCCCCCAAUUUGAAACCCUUCAUCUGGGAUACGUUGAUGAGUUUCUGCUGCAAUGUAAAAUGACUAAUGGGGACUUGGUGAAGUAUGGGUUGGCUGAUGUAGUUGAAAAUCCAGGAAUCAUCACAGACAUUGGAAUGAAAGCUGUGAAUGAAGUUUUCUCUUGCAUCAAGUACCUGGUCAUUUACAACUGCCCACAUCUACACAAUCCAAACAAUUGGAUCACAGACCAUUCAAGAUGGACCCGACUAGUUGACCUUACCCUGGUGCGAUGCCAUGCUAUAAAGCUAGAUUCUUUUAGUCAGUUCAUUGAAUUACUGCCAAGCUUAGAGUUUAUCUCUUUGGACCAGAUGUUUCGGGAACCUCCUAAGGGGUGUGCUCGUGUAGGUCUGAGUGCAGGCACAGGGAUUGGUGUUUCAUCUGCCCUGGUCAGCAAUCAGAACUCCAACAACGAGAAUGACAACAACAACAAUCACCAAAACAACAACAAUCCCAACAUCCACCACAACAACCACCAACACCCAAAUGAUCAGAAUGAGGAGAAUGAGUUAAGGCAAGAUGGGCAGGCUGAAGAGCAGCAGAUUGCAGCUGAGGCCCUAAAUGAUAUGGAAGAGGUUCCACAAGAAGAUGGAGUGGUUGCAGUGGAUGUCCAGAAUGAGUCCGUUGCUCAUAGCCAGGCAGUUAUUCCUAUGGAUGUUGAUGAGGAGCAAGCAGGGCCCAGUGGCCUUCAGCCCGUUGUAAAAGCUGGACCUAUCACUGUCCAUGAUUCAGACAGUGAGGAUGAAGAAGAUAACCUGGGAACUUCAAGAGCCUGCAUUACUAACAGCAUUGCACAGAGUUAUUCAGAUGGAGAAGAGAAAGUUAGAGAUCCAGUGGAAACCAGAGAGCCCUCAGCAGUGAGUGGUAAAGGCAAGACUCCAUUGAGGAAGAGAUGCAGUGCCAACCAAAUGGGCCAGGCAAAGCAGUUCCAUGCUGAGGAGAGCAGCUGUGAGAAAGGCUGUCAAGUAACCAGUGAGCAGAUUAAAGCAGAUAUGAAAGCAGCCAGUGACAUGCCUGAGAGGAACAAAAACAAAGAUUCUUACCCAGGUUGCAGUAAUUCUACGGGAUCCACAGGGGCCCCCAGUUCCUGCAAUGUUGCUUCUCCAAGCGUGGACUGUGCAAGGACAGCUAGUAGUCACUCCGCUGGAACCAGUCCAGCGGCUGCAGAUGAAUCUAGGCAGUGUGUCUGCUCCCCUUGUAAGAGCGAAGGCUCUGCUGAGAGAGACAAUGAGGAGAGCUCUAUGUACUCUAGGUGCUCCUGCUAUAAGCACCAAGAACCACAAAGAAGGACUAACAGGUGCUCUGAUGGGGAAUGCCCAUCCACUAGUGGGGCUUGCAGUCAAAAUGGAACAAAUAACACUGGGUCAGAUUUCUCACUUAGGACUCUGCCAGACUGUGGGCCUGCAGGAGAGGCAAGUGAUGAGAGGACUAGUAGGAGUGUUUGUGGGCCUGCAACUGUGGAGGAGAGCACUAGCUUACAGCCACGGAGCUAUGAGAUGAAGUAUAAAGAAGAGUAUCCCCGCCGGCCUCUAACAAGAGCCAGAAGCAAACUAUCUCAUGUCCCUUUGGUGUCUGAAUCAGAGGUAGCCAAGCCAAAGUCUCGACAAACAGCAAAGCGAAAAAGGACAGCAGACAAGUCAACAAGCACUAGCGAUCCUGUUAUUGAGGAUGACCAUGUUCAAGUGCUGACUUUAAAAUCCAAAAACCUUGUUGGGAUCACAUUGACCAAUUGUGGAAUAACAGACCUGGUGCUGAAAGACUGCCCCAAAAUGAUGUUCAUCCAUGCUACAAGAUGUCGUGUACUAAAGCACCUAAAAGUAGAGAAUGCACCAAUUGUCAAUCGAUUUGACUAUGCUCAGUGUAAGAAGUUAAACAUGGAUCAGGUACUAGAUCAAAUACUGAGGAUGCCGCCAGAGAGAAACCGGAUCAUUUACCUUCGUCCAAUGCAGCAGGUUGACACGCUGACUCUGGAGCAAAAGAUAUUUAGCGGUCCUUACCCAUAUCAUAUCUGCAUAAUUCAUGAAUUUAGUAACCCUCCCAAUGUGCGCAAUAAGGUGCGCAUUCGCAGCUGGAUGGAUACAAUAGCAAACAUUAACCAAGAACUUAUUAAGUAUGAGUUCUUCCCUGAAGCAACACGAACUGAUGAAGACAUCAAGAAAUACACAAAGUACCCUUGGGGGCGUGAUAUUUACACUCUAGAAGGCAUUGUGGAUGGAGCCCCUUACUCCAUGAUUACUGAUUUUCCAUGGCUGAGGUCACUCCGAACAGCAGAGCCAAACAGCUAUGCUAGAUACGAUUUUGAGGAUGAUGAGAGAACAACUAUUUAUGCUCCACGGAGGAAAGGACAAUUGUCUGCAGACAUCUGCAUGGAAACAAUAGGUGAAGAGAUCUCUGAACUGCGCCAGAUGAAAAAAGGUGUGUUCCAGCGGGUAGUGGCUAUCUUUAUCCAUUACUGUGAUGUCAAUGGUGAACCCGUAGAAGAUGAUUACAUUUGAUUGGACCCUCAACUAGUCUCUGAUUCUUUCUGUCUUCUGAUUGGCACUGCCAGCCAGCAAAGAAAGCAGAUGCACCCAUUCCUGCUACAG